AUCAGGCGCGCAGCUGCGUGCAUGCGUGGCGACUGCGAAGGUGCCAAUCUCAGCUCUUGAUGUAGCUCUUGAUGUCGACUGAUGCCAAUGGUUUGUGAAGGAGCCUCGAACAGAGGGCUCCUCGGAGGGUUCUUCUUCGCAUUGGGCAACUUGCGAGGCGACUGUUCCUACAAUGUACUAAUAAAUGUAGCCUACAUUGUCAUUGUAGCUCUCACCAUUGGCAUUGGCUUGCUGUGCACAGCUAAUCAAAAUCUUAUACUCCGUUGUCAGUGUAGCCUGUACAAAUGGCAGCGCCAGGGCAGCUGGAGGACGACAGAAGCUCGGGGCUGGUUAUGCUGACAAUGCGAGAAGUGGAGGAGGCUCUAGCAUUCUGUGCAACUCUGUCUGACGAGAGUCCUAGCAGUGACGUUUCUGGAAGCAAGCGCGAGAGAUUGAGACGGCUCUCCACGUCGGAUGCGUUUACGAUCCACAUGCAGGUCGCGAGUGUAGCUAAAGCGCAGGACUUUGUGAAGAAGGGAGUCUUCAAGAUUCUGUGCCAGAAUCUACGCAGUCUAGAAGACGAGAAGGCUACCCUCAAUACUCUGGCCAACAUGGUAAACUUGAUGGAGCGUGUGCCGGAAUUGGUGGCAAAGGGAUGGGAAUUCGGCGCAGUGAAACCGAUUGCAGGGAUAGUCAAAGAUGCUGAUAAACAGGGCCUCUUCGGCAGAGCUGGGAUUCAGUCACAAACAGAGAAGCAAAACAGGGCCCUGUUGGGAGCACAGCUGUUGCGCGGGGCCCUCUGCUUCCUGUCGGUCAUGGGGAAGCCCCUGCAGAGCCAUCGGCCGGGGGAUCCCCCUUACAGAGCCACUGUGAAAACGUACAAAUGGCUGGCAAAAGAAGGGUUUGUGCUGCUAGCGGCGAAGGCUUGGUUGGCGCUAUCAGCGCUGGGGCCACAUUUGAGUAAUCCGAUGGAGCAGAAAAUCUUUGACUCGCUGUCGUUCAAUGCGUCGGCGAUUGUGCACGCGGCAGUGAGUCUGGAGUUGCAAAAUGAGGACCUGGUCACUAUGCCAGGUCUCCUCGACGCUGUGUGCCCGUACCUGCUGGGAGAGACCUCCGCCAUGUCCGAGGAUCUGAGCUCUGCACACUUCAACGCUCUGAGCGUCCUGGGAACGCUGUGGCUGGAGGACAGAUCGGACAGCCCCCAAGCGGCUCUGUACCGCAAUGCAAGGAAGAAGCUGGCGAGGCAUAACGACGCUUUGAACGUUGCGCUCGCUCUGCAGAAGUUAGUCGAGCACGGGGCACCGAAUCUGCACGCGGGUGUCGGGCACCUCCAAAUGUGCUUCAUCGAGCUAGCCUACCUUCUAUCGGUCGAGCACUCGGGCGACGUCCCUGCGCCGGUACUCGAGACCGCGUGCCACCUCAUGGGCACCGCCAUCGACGAGCGCCUCUACGAGCGCGCGCGCUCGGCUAUCGCCCACGCAUAUCACGCGGGCAGAUUGUCGGUGGACCAACUCUUCGCGCACUUGUUCCCCGAAUUCUUAGAUGCGGUCAAGUGCAAGAUCGUGCAAGCAGCGCCGGCAACGGUAAUGGUUGAGGAGCUCUACUGGCUCGCCAACAUGCUGGACUUUCUCGUACUGGCGUUCCGGUACGCGGUGCCGACGGUCUCGCGGGACGGGAGGUUCGUUCCGCCGAGCGACGCGGAGGAAGCGACGGAACUCCCAAUGAACGAGCUGCCUAGGUUGGUGACGUUGAUAGUCGCCAAAAAGGUGCCUGCUUUGCUGACACAGCUGUUUCGCUCGGUGUUCGUGCGGCGAGUGUACGACUUGUGCUCCGUGCUCGCCAUGAGUGCCAUAGGUCAGCGGGAGGAGUUGCGGAGGAGUCUCGCGGAGGCGUUAGUGGGGCCGUUGUCGGUUGCGAAGUUUGAGAAACUUCAAGAGGAUGACCCCGGGGCCGUUGAAAAGCGCGAGCGGGUGUUGAAGCUGCUGACGGAGGAUAUUCGGACAGACCGGAAAAUUUUGAAAUAUGGGGGCAUUCAAACCCGGACGGGUACCUCAAGCGUGAAGAUCGUAUACGAUUGGGGAUCCAACAAGUUCGAGGUGGUUGAAAGCUUUGCAAGGCAGAUCAAAACCUCCUUGGCGGGUAGGAGCCUGGAUGCGGAACAUCAUAGGCAUGUUGAAGCUAUCAUGGAGGACCUUCAAAAGUUGAGCGUUAGCACACGAACCGCACACGCCACACAGGAUAGCGCCUCAGAUGCUCCGGAAAAGGCGUGUGCAAAGUGUAGAACAAGAACAAGCUUCGCUAAGCGGUGUUCGGGUUGCAAGGUGGUGUACUAUUGUGGGGUUGAUUGUCAACGGAAGGACUGGCCGAAACACCGGACAGAUUGUAAAAGUAGAGCCAGCUAGUUAGGAGAUAAAAUUUGUUGAUAUGGCUCAGUAAGAGUCGUCAUUGAGAGUAUUUUUCAGACCUGGGUCAUGUCUCGUGCCUUGUUCAGUGGAUCAUCACGGACUCUAGCCCGACUAAGUAAGCUACUCCAGAACCUAGUCACCAGGCUUUGUACGUAUGGAAAAAACUUGCUUUGGCACGGACAGUUGUAACCGGCGUCUAGCUGACGUUAGGUUAUUGCAGAGGUGUUAUACCCGACUAGCUCAAUCCAUAGUGGGCGCGCAGCCGCCUUUUCAUUGUUGACCGUCA